AUUUGUGGGAUUUCACGCCUGUCUUUGUUUUUGGGCUGCUCGGAGCAGGGUGACCCGGGGCAGGGUGACCCAGCACAGCCCCCGUGAUGCCCCCGCUCCCCCCGGCGCGUCCCAGCCAAAGUUCUGCCCCGUUUGUGCUGACUCGGCCCCGACGUGCGGAAACGGCCUCCCGCCCCAGCUUCCCGUGCUGUCCCGGUCCCGCCCGGGCUCAUCCUGCCGCUGCCGGGCGUCCGGCGGUGCCCUGUCCCCUCCGUGUCACCCCCUGUCCCUCUCCAGCAUGUUGCUGCUGCUCGUCCUGCUGCUGCCGCCCGCGGUCCUGUCCGCCCAGCGCUGCGGUGAGUGCGGCCCCGGGACCCCCGACCUGCCCGGGACCCCCCCGGGGCCGGGGGGUCCCUGAGGGGCAGGGCUGAGGUGACAAACCCCUCCCUGUACUCCAGCCCUGCUCCCCAGUCCCGGGGGCCUCGUGAAAUCCCUCGGGGAUGCGUUUUCCAGGGCUCAGCUCCCCCCAUGAGCCUGAUUCCUGCAGCCCCUUCCCCUGCCCGGAGCCAGCCCCUGCCCACCCUCCGGGGGUCCCACAGGGACACUGGGACAGGGGUGUCACAGAGGGGUGUCAGGGAGGGGGGCUCUGCCGGGCUCUCUGUGUUUCUCUUUACGGCUCUUCCUUUGUUUCUCCCUCUUUGUUUGUGGGAAAUCUCGAGGUUUUGGGAUUUGUGGGGGCACACAGAGGGUGUUGGGUGCACGGCAGGGCUGGGUGCCGGGGCUCCAUCCCCACAGAGCUCCGGGGGGCUGCAGAUGCUGCGGAGGGGUGUCUCAGCCCCCUGUGCCCCCUCACCUGCGCUCCCUCCCCGGGGGUCGUGGGCAGAGCCCCCCCCGGGGCCGGCGGGGGCGGUGCGGGCGCUGAGCGGGCGGCUGCUGGGGCUGGCGGGGGACCCUGCGCGGGACCCCGACCCUGCCACGUACCUGGGGCUGCGCCUGGGCCGGGAGCACAACCUGCAGCUGGAGCAGCACUACCUGGAGAGGCUGCACCGCGCCUUCCAGCACCCCUACGGCAGGAGCGUGCAGGCCCAUGGCUACCCUGAGCAGGAUGCUGAGCUCAGCACGGGCACAGAGCGGCCACAGACGGGGCGGCUGGCGCUGUACCUGCUGGGGCUGAGGGCCACCUGUCCCCCAACCAAACCCCACCGGGCUCUGGUGACGUGGCUCAAAUACUACCUGGAGGAGGACUGGACAGGCUCUCGGCGGCACGGCCACCCCCUCACCAAUUACUACCAGUACGGGCUGGGUGUGCUGGCGCUGUGUGCGCACCACAAGCGGGUGCGGGAGGAGGUGAUCCGCCGGCUCCUGGAGGCACAGCACCGCGGCCGGCUCGGGCACAGCGCCGUGGACACGGAGGCCGUGCUGGCACUGGCCUUCGCCUGCCUGGAGCGCAGGAGGCUGGUGGGGGCCGGGCUGGCGGCCGAGCUCCGGGACACCGUGCACAGGGUGAGCAGGAGCAUGGCCGAGGCUCAGGGACCCGAGGGCAUCAUCGGCAACAUCUACAGCACCCCCUGGGCCCUGCAGGUGUUCCUGGCCACAGGCAUGUGCCACACGGAGCCAGCUUACAGCCGGGCCGUGGCUGCGCUGCUGGAGAACCUGGAUGCCUUCGGCACGGCCACCACCAUGGCCCAGGUGCUGCCAGUGCUGCACGGCCACUCCUACCUGGAUGUCGCCACUAUGCACUGCCAGGAGGAGUUGGAUACACUGACACCCCUCGACAUGGAGCCCCCGGCUGAGGUGCCAGGGAACAAGACAGUGCGGCUGGUGGUGGAGUGUGCCCAGCCCUGGUGUUCCGAGCUCCAGCUCUACGACCGGCGGGUGUCCACGCCUGCCGCCGCCUCCCUGCUGGAUGUGCUCGGGGCGGCCACUGCACAGGAACCCCACUUCACGUUUGACACCCAGGACACCCCCCAGGGCCCCUACCUGACCCAGGUGCUGGGGCUGGAGGCCCGGCAGGAGAAGCGGAACUACUGGCAGCUCCUGACAGCCCCCAGCACCCCCCUGCUGACAGGUGUCGCCGACUACAUUCCCCACGAUGGGGAGACCCUCAUCCUGCGCCUCAGCGAGUGGUAGAGGGUGGGGGGCUGUAGGGGGUGAUGGCAAUGAAACCUCCACUGUGGGCACAGGA